AUGAGGACUGCCGCACUUCUUUCAGCUCUUACAGCUUUCCUUGCUGUGGCUGUAAGUGGUCGACCUGCACAAUCUUCCACCGGCAUUGAAGCACCCGUGGAAGGAUACGGAGUAGAAGACUUCGCCUGGGAAGUCGAGACUACACCCGGGGGUGACACGGUUAUCCUGAACGGUACAGUCGAGGAGGUCUAUACCGAACUUCUCAAGAUCAACCCGAUGUACGAUGGUGACUUUGCCGCGGUGGCUGAGACCAACGACGCCGAAAAGCGGGACGACUCGGCGUCCUUGUUCAAGCGUAAAGAUGUGACCUGCGGCAAAUACCCAACUGCCAUCAGAAGACGAAUUGAAGAGGGUAUUGCCCAUCUGCACCGUGUCAAGGGAAAGCCUAGAAACGGUCCUGGACCUGGAAACUGUGGUCGAGUGAGUUGCUCCUACAGAUCGGCUAUCUGGUGGUGCAACGACAACACCGCUCCCAAGACACUCCCCGGUUUCUACAACAUUGCUCAGGGUGCUCAGGUGGUGAUCAAUCAGUGCAACCCAACCGGUGUCUAUGUUUCUGGCGAAGAGAACCAUGCCGACAAGUGGAGAGCACUUGUCCGUGGCAGCGAUUGCUAG